CUAUUCAAUUGGGCGGCUGAUACGGGUCAUGGGUGUCCAGUCGAGUAGCGGGAUGGUCUAGCAGAACCACACAACCAAUAGCUUUGCUGUUUGUACUGGUACAGUGCUGCAUUCCUAUUUGAGGGAGAGCUUGCCCUCACUUGCAAUGGCGGGCGUGUCCUCACACAGUCACGUGGUCCUGCUGUGCCCCAAGCCUACCCAGUGUGCCCCGCGCUUGGUGUUAGUAACACGAAUCCGCAGUGAGACGCGCUGCACCUGGAAAGCAAUGAAGUAGGAUCCGGGUUUUCUGUUCUGUUACCGAGUUCCCAGCGCAGAUAGGGCUGCGGUACUACAGGACAUGCCUUCACCUAAAGCAAAAAACAACGUCGGCCGGUCUCUGAACCGAACCUCGACCCCGCUCUUGCUGCAGAGGCACGGUUCGGACCCGACCUCGGCCCGACUCAGAGCCUCCGAGAGCCCGACCCGGCGGCGCGGCUCCAGCUCGUCCUGCGCCUCCGCCACCAGCCCACAGCAGCAGCUCCGGGAGGAGGACUGCAUGCGGCUGAACCCGUCGUUCGCGGGGAUCGCGUUGAGGUCCCUGCUCGCUGUCGACCUGUGGAUGUCCAAGCGGCUCGGAGUGUGUGCCGAGGAGGAUUCCUCCUGGGGCAGCGUCCGGCCGCUGAUGAAGAUGAUUGAGAUCUCCGGGCACGGCAUCCCCUGGAUAGCCGGGACUCUGUACUGCAUGUGGAAGAGCGACAGCGCCGUCGGGCAGGAGGUCAUGCUGAAUCUGCUGUUGGCCCUGCUCCUGGACGUGGUUCUCGUGGGGAUUGUCAAAGCGCUGGUGCGCCGGCGCCGGCCCUCUCACAACCGGAUGGACAUGUUCGCCACCUUCUCCGUGGACCGGUACUCGUUCCCGUCGGGCCACGCCACGCGGGCGGCCAUGGGGGCGCGCUUCCUGCUCACGCACCUGGUGCUGGCGGCGCCGGUCCGCGUGCUGGUGCUGCUCUGGGCCGUGCUGGUCGGGCUCUCCCGGGUCAUGCUGGGCCGACACAAUGUCACCGACGUGGCCUUCGGAUUCCUCAUGGGCUAUUUCCAGUACAGCCUGGUGGAGGCGCUGUGGGUCUCCACCGCCAGCUUGCAGCAGCUGCUGGGAGUCUUGGAGUGAUAGGGGUGGGUUGAGGGGGGUGGGGAGGGGAGGGGUAGUCACUGAGCUCAGGGGGAGAAACGUCUGGUGUAGCUGCAGGACUUGGGAUGACCUGGUAGAUGAGGUAUCUGAUGACUCACACUCUGCUUCAUCCCCAAGAAAAUGCCCAGCUAGGAAGCUGGAAUUUGGAAGAAAAGGGUCUCCUGAACUCUGUCUCUAGCAAGUGAGAUUGACUGUCUGUUUUUAUUCAAACAUCUGACAUUACUGUAGCAAUUCUUGCUGAUAUACAAAGAAUAAUUUGCGGCGUAAUUAAA